CAUGAUGACAUGACACUUGAUAUGAAUUACCAUGACUAUUAAAUAAAUCAAUAUUAUUAUCAAAAUUUUUAUGACAGUAGUUUAAAAUUUCCCACUUUCCAAAAUUUUAUCAAAAUUAUGCCCAAAUUUUAAAUAAAAUUCAUUAUUCUAUUUUCAAAAUUACAUCAAGUGCUAUUACACAAUGGCUCCCCUAUGUCCAGACGCGGCGGCAAGAAGAAAAAACCUGUUGAAUGAUCUCAAAAAUUUAGCAUGUCAAAUCGACGGAAGCUAUUGCCCACCGCCACCCAAACCAGUGGGAAUCAGCUGUGCGUCCCCAGUGGGUCCCGUUAUUGAGAUCUACGAUCCCAUGCCCAAACCUUGCGUACCCAUCUGUACUCCAUUUAUACCUCCUCCUUGCGGACCUGGUCCAGUAGGACCAUGUGGACCGUGUGGCCCAUGUGGACCCUGUGGUCCAUGCGGGCCGUGCGGACCUUGCGGACCUUGCGGACCUGGACCAUGUGGGCCAUGUGGGCCUUGUGGGCCUUGUGGACCAGGCCCAUGUGGACCAUGCGGACCUUGUGGACCUUGUGGACCUUGCGGACCAUGUGGCCCAUGCGGCCCUUGUGGUUAUCCUAACACUUGCUUACCAACUGGUCCAGUAAUGGUACCGCCCGUUAUGCCUAUAUGUACCCCCACCGUUCCUCCGUGCGUACCCCUCUGCGAUCCUUGUCAAGAGGAACAACCUUGCGUCCCAUGUAACCCUCCUAAAAUGAUGGUGUGCUAUAGGAGACCCAAAGUAAAGAUCAUCUGCGGAAGAAGACCCAGAUCUAGAGAAUUGAGGGGGAGUAUCCUCAUGUACGGAUGUCUCUGCGAAAGAAACAAUGGUUUACAAGAUCGCUGUCCAAGAUUUGAAUGUAAGGGUGCACCGGAAUGUUGCACAAAGGACGGGCCAAUAUGCCACCCGAGUAUUGGCGCCCAUAGAGGCCGGCUUCCAAAGCGAAUGUGGGACGUUGAAGAAUACCAGUGUUACCCAGCUUACAUCAGACUACCGAACUGUCCUCCUUGCGGCCCGUUCCCAUCCUUUCCCUUCGGACCUGGAGGUUGUUGCGGGCCGUGUGGGCCUUGUGGACCCUGUGGACCUUGUGGACCUUGUGGACCAUGUGGACCGUGCGGGCCGGGCGGUCCUUGUUGUGGUCCUUGUGCGCCCUGUCCUCCGUGUGGCCCUUCUUGUCCCCCAGGCUUGUGUGGUCCGGGUACACCUGGUGGACCAGGUUGCGGUGCUUGUGGUCCUUGUUCGCCAGGACCUUGUCCCAGUCCGGUAUGUCCACCGCCUUGUGUGCCUCUUGUCGCUAAACCACCUUGUCCUCCAAUAGUUUGUCCAACGCCUCCCACUAUUGUUCCAGUUGGACAAAUCGUGCCUGUGGUACCACAGCCUCCAAUGCCUGUGCCUUGUCCACCUCCUAUACCGUGCAUUCCUGUGCAACCACCUCCGGUGUGUCCGCCUCCUUGUCCCAAACCUUGCGUGCCUACUUGUUCACCUCCUGGACUUCCUAUGACGGCGCCGCUUCCUUCUUGCUUGCCACCGCCUGUCUGCAGCGGACCACUCACACCUGCUAUUCCAGAUUGUCCGUUUUCACCUCUCAUGAAACCACCCUGUGGUCCUUGUGGUCCUUGUGGUCCCUGUGGUCCCUGUGGUCCCUGUGGUCCCUGCGGUCCUUGUGGUCCUUGUGGCCCAUCUUGUAGACCUCCACCAUAUUGUUGCCCUCCUGUUUGUCAUCAACCGGCAUGCUCACCUUGGUGUCCCCCCAACGGACCUUGUCCCAAAGGCGGUCCUUGUGGACCACCUUAUUAUCGUGUAAACUCUCCCGGACCUCGUCCUUGUUAAGUUGUACGUCCGUUUUGUGUUCUUGGUAAUUAUACGAAGGAGAGAGUGAUAAGGAAUUUCCGAUUUUAAAGAAGUUAUUCCACAUUCGUCAUGAUUUGUAGAAAGUUAAAAAUGUAGAAACAUUGUAUAAGAUACAAUAAAUCGUUUUACAACUUGGUUUUAUUCUUUAUGUAGAUUGGGUUCAUAGAUAUUUCGUCCCCGGCAAUAAAUUGUCUGUAGGCUUUCUUACUAAUGUCCAGUGCCAUAAGGAAAAACGUUAUU